GUCAGGGCGCUGUGACGUCACGGCGCUGUGCGUAAUGGCGGCGGAGGCUCGCGUUGAGGAGGGCGACAUUAAACCUGAUGCUGAAGGAGAGACGGAGGAGAGCGCUUCAGACGACAACAAGCCCUCCACCACCACAGAGCGUCACAUCUCGAUCCAGAGUCGCAUUGAGGACCUGGAGGCCCUGGUCGACCUGAACGGAGCCGGGAGGAAGGCGUGUCCGCUCUGUCCCGAGGAGAAGUUUAAGUCCUGCUACAGCCACAAACUCAGACGCCACCUCCAGAACCUGCACUGGAAGGUCUACGUCGAGUUCCAAGGUCAGAGGAUGUGUAUCUGUCAUCUUCCAUGUCGGACUCUGAAGCCCAGUCCCUCGUCGGAGCAGGCGUGCUCGUCGCGGGCCGUGGCUCACUAUCACUGCGUGGUGUGUUCAGGGACCAUCGCCCGAAAAACAGACAUGAUCGGUCACCUCAAACGCCACACCAACAAAGGAGAGACGCGGGCCAGCUACAGCCUGGACCCGGACCAGGACCGGGACCGGACUCAGGAGCCAGCGCCGUCGGGUCACACUCUGGAGAUCCUGAAGGAGCUCGGCACAAACGUUCAGCUGAUGCCCAACCACAACACGCCCCAGAAGAGCGACACCUACUUCAGCCGCAAGAUGAAGACCAACAGACAGCUCGUGUUCUGCUCUCUGGCGGCUCUGGCGGAGGAGAGGAGUCCUCUGGAGUGUCUGGACGCUUUCGGAGCCACAGGCAUCAUGGGGCUGCAGUGGGCCAAACACCUGCGCUCGGCCGUCAGAGUGACCAUCACAGACAUCAGUGACACCUGCGUGAACAUGAUCAGGGAAAACUGCCAACUCAACCAGAUCCGAGUGGCUCCCUGGGCCGGGCCUGAGUCCGGGUCAGAGUCCGGGUCUGGACCAGGACCUGGGUCUGGAGCUGCAGAGGGGCGGUACCUGACCACAGUGGAGGUCAACAAGAUGGACGCCAACGUCAUCAUGCACCUCAGACCCUUCGACUACAUACACUUGGAUCCCUUCGGCUCGGCGGUGCACUUCCUGGACGCGGCGUUUCGAAACGUGAGGAAUCUGGGGGUCGUGUCGGUGACCUCUACGGACACGGGGUCGCUGUACGCCAAGACGCCCAACGUGACCCUGCGGCACUACGGCGCCGCCCUGGUCCGCACGGAGUACUACAGGGAGCUGGCGGCGCGCAUGGUCCUGGACGCCGUGGCGCGAGCGGCGGCUCGUUGUUCCAAAGGCAUUGAGGUGCUCCUGUCUGUGGCGGUGGAGCACUUUGUCCUGGUGGUGGUGCGGGUGCUCAGGGGCCCCUCUCAGGCGGACGAGUCCAUGCGGAGGCUCCGGAGGCUGGUGCACUGCCAGUGGUGCGAGGAGAGACUGUUCCUGAAGCAAGGCACCUCCAUCGACGACACUUUGCCGUGUUCGUGCCACGGAACUUUACCGGGAAAGACCGCCGUCAUACUGGGACCACUGUGGAGCGGGCCUCUGUUUCACUCCUUCUUCUUGAGGACGAUGUUGAAGGCUGCGGUCAGACACUCGAUGGAGGACGUCCAGCCUCUGAUCAAGACUCUGCUCUGUGAAUCUGACUGUACCACACUCAAGUACCCCGCCCUGACCAACCAAGUGGAGUGUGGUGUCGUCAUUAAAACUUUACAAAGUCCCGACGAAUCUGGAGCUGAUUCUUCAGGGAAGAGGAAAUCUGGGGAUGAAGGAGGAAACUUGGUGAAGAAGCUGAAGUCGGACUCGUCUCUGGAGCAUCCUCCAUUUUACUACAGUAUCCACCGACACAGCAUCAGAGGAAUGAACAUGCCCAAGUUGAAUAAGUUCCUUCAGUACUUGACUGAGUCUGGGUUCAGAGUGAGUCGGACCCACUUUGAUCCGACCGGAGUCCGGACCAACGCGGAUCUCAACCAGUUCACAGCGGUCCUCAGCAAAUACAGCAGCCCCACGUGCACCAAACAGGGACUGAGCCAGGACUGAGCCGGGUCUGGACCAGGACCGGACCAGGACCAGACCAGGACUGAGCCGGGUCUGGACCAGGACCGGACCAGGACCAGACCAGGACUGAGCCGGGUCUGGACAAGGACCGGACCAGGACCAGACCAGGACUUAGCCGGGUCUGGACCAGGACCGGACCAGGACUGAAGACGAUGGCUCUUUGGACUCGUCCUGUUUUUAUUUAUUCUUUUAAAGAUUUUAUUGUUUUUGUUUUAGAAAUUGUAAUAAAUAAAUUUAAAAUGUUCC